GGAGUCUGAAGCUGAGAAGAGAGGGCCGGUCACUGCUGCAAUCAUCAUGGCACCGGGAGCAAAGAAAGGUAUUCUGGAGCGUUUGGAUGCAGGAGAGAUUGUUUUCGGGGAUGGGGGCUUUGUCUUCGCUCUUGAGAAGAGAGGCUACGUGAAGGCAGGACCAUGGACCCCUGAGGCUGCAGCCGAGCAUCCUGAAGCAGUGCGGCAGCUGCACAGGGAGUUCCUGAGGGCCGGCUCCAAUGUCAUGCAGACAUUCACUUUCUACGCAAGCGAUGAUAAACUGGAGAACAGGGGCAACACUCUGGGCUUCUCUGGGCAGCAGAUAAACGAAGCAGCUUGUGACCUGGCCAGGGAGGUGGCCAAUGAAGGGGAUGCUCUGGUGGCAGGGGGAGUCUCUCAAACCCCCUCUUACCUUAGCUGCAAGAGUGAGAAUGAUGUCAAAGCCAUCUUCAAGAAACAAAUUGAUGUUUUUGUCAAGAAGGACGUGGACUUCCUGAUUGCAGAGUACUUUGAGCACGUGGAAGAGGCAGAGUGGGCCGUCCAGGUUUUGAAGAGCACCGGGAAGCCUGUGGCUGCGACCAUGUGUAUCGGACCCGAUGGAGACCUGAACGGAGUCAGCCCCGGAGACUGUGCCGUCAAACUCAUCAAAGCUGGUGCUCAGAUUGUGGGCAUCAACUGCCACUUUGACCCGAUGACCUGUGUGAAGACUGUGAAGAUGAUGAAGGAGGGAGUGGAGAAGGCCGGGCUGAAGGCUCACUACAUGUGCCAGCCACUGGCUUACCACACCCCCGACUGCAACUGCCAGGGAUUCAUUGACCUGCCCGAGUUCCCUUUCAGCCUGGAGCCGAGGAUCCUGACCAGAUGGGACAUGCAGCAAUACGCUCGUGAAGCGUACAAUGCCGGUAUCCGUUACAUUGGAGGCUGCUGCGGAUUUGAACCUUACCACGUCCGGGCCCUGGCCGAGGAGUUGGCCCCCGAGAAGGGCUUCCUGCCUCAGGGCUCUGAGAAGCACGGCAUCUGGGGCAGUGGCCUGGAGAUGCACACAAAGCCCUGGGUCAGAGCUAGGGCCCGUCGUGACUACUGGGAGAAUCUGAAGCCAGCGUCCGGACGUCCCUUCUGCCCCGCUAUGGCCAUCCCCAAUGGGUGGGGGGUCACCAAGGGCCAUGCUGACCUGAUGCAGCAGAAGGAAGCCACCUCUAAGGAUCAGCUGAAGGUUCUCUUCGACAAGUCCAACAAAAGCAACUGAGCUCCCCUCUGAAGCAUCUUGUUUUAUAGGAAGAAGCUUGGAGAAGGCCAACGAACAGUGCCUGAAGUUUACAAACCAAAAAGAUUGAAAUGCUGAAGUUCUUUCUUUCUUUUUAGGACCUUUUUUACUGUGUGUGGAAGACUUGUAUCAUGCUUAAAUUGGAUAGUCAUAACUAACCAUGAGUGCCUGUAACCUUUUUUUCAACUGUGAGCCUGGUGAAAUGACUGUGGCUGAAAAUCUGUGAAUGCACCUGAAGAAAUGACUGUAACACUCCAAAAGUGCUUAAUAUUGUCUUAUAAAAGAGGAUUUGUAGCAAUAAACUUCUAAAUUGAAUUUUUUUAAAACUG